ACACCAGGGAGAGGACACUAGGACGAGGCACCAGCAGCUCCGACCUGGGCAGCCUUCUUGAGAAGAUGCAGCCGCUCCUGCUCUUGCUGACCUUUCUUCUGGCCUCCAAGGCUGAAGUGGGGAAAAUAAUCGGGGGCCAUGAAGCCAACCCUCAUUCUCGUCCCUACAUGGCAUUUCUCCGGAUCUACAAACCAGACAAAACCUGGAAACAGUGCGGGGGUUUCCUUGUACGUGAGGACUUUGUGCUAACAGCAGCUCACUGCUGGGGAAGCCUCAUGACUGUGACGCUGGGGGCCCACAACAUCAAGAAGAAGGAGAGGACCCAGCAGAGCAUCCCCGUGAGAGAUAUCAUCCGCCCCUCAGGCUACACUUCUGAAACCUUCCUCAAUGACAUCAUGUUACUGCAGCUGUCAAAAAAGGCCCGCCUGGAUGCCAGCGUGAGGCCCAUCAAGCUGCCCAAAAGGAACGUGAGGGUGAGGCCAGGGAUGGUGUGCAGUGUGGCCGGCUGGGGACAAUUCAGAAUGGACAGCUCCUCUGGGGCAGAGAAACUGCAUGAGGUAGAGCUUGAAAUCCAGAAGGAUGAGCAAUGCAUGUCACACUACAAUCACCUGUAUAACCCCGCCACCCAGAUGUGUGUGGGGAACCCAAGAAGGAAGAAGUCUGCCCUUCAGGGAGACUCCGGAGGCCCCCUUGUGUGCAACAACGUGGCCCAGGGCAUUGUCUCCUGUGUAAAACACUGUGGGACACCUCCACUUGUCUACACCAGGAUUUCAGGCUUUAUGCACUGGAUAGAAAAAAUAAUGAGACACUUCAGCCCACUGGGACCAGACUCAGACGCCUCCAGGAUCAGUGCAACCACCUUCUCUGGGGCAGAGGCCAGAACUGCACUGGGCAAAGGGGGUGGAGAGGAGGCCGCCAGGGACUUAAUAAACUUCCAUCUCUAGUGGAAAUUAGAUUCCUCCCUUAUUCACCAAAACAACAUUCAUUCGUUAUGGCGACCAUUGGUUCACAUUCUCUAGAAUAAAAAGUUUUGCUGCACUGAGACCCGGCUCCUUCCAAAUACACCUCCCAGCGCCACAGCCCCCUGCCAGGCUGACUGUUAGCUCCAUCGGGAAAAGGGAGACACUGUCCCAGGAAAAAUGACCCUCUUCUAGAGCACCCUUCUGUCUCAUCCAUAUUGCCCUCUACCUCCUCCCACACCUACACUCCCACCCCAUCCUACCUCAAUAUGGCAACAUAAAGAAAUCCAUUUGGAAGGAGGACCACCUCAGAAGCUCUGAGAUAGGGGGCCACUUCUCCACCCUAAGAGAAAUGGGCGAGAAGAUUCUGGAGAGCUGUAGCUCUCCCCAUGCAGCACUUCCUCCCCAAAUCAGGGUGGCAGCUUGGAGCCUGAGAAGUUUCAAGAGGACCCUUCGGUACUCCCAGCCUAGCCCGAGUGCCUGUCACAGCCUUGCCAUGGUCGCACCCUCUGGUGUGCUGCAACCCAUCUUCCAUGGGCUUGAAUGACCUUCAGGUGCUCUUCCAUCUUGGUCUAAUCCAGCCUCUUCCCACCUCAC